ACGUCAGCGGCUCGAUUGACGGCACACGUGUGACCAUUCCAGUGUGGUAGUUGUUAUCGAGGUGGUGUUUAUGAUAGACAUGGCGAAAGUCUCUAAGAAGAACAUGAAGAAGGAAACGAUUGUUAAAAAGAGCCGCGGUAUGACGGAGAGCAGCGCAGCGACGGAGCCUCGUGUUGUUUACGACGAUGGAGACGACGAAGAAGAGCAUUUAAAUGAGGAAAACAUCAGUAGUGAGGAAGAGCAGGAGGGGGAGGACGGAGUCAGCGAUGAACGCAAACGGCAGAAGCUGCUGGAGGCCAUCAGCGCUCUAGGGGGUAAGAGGAAGAAUAAACUGGGGGAGAGAUCUGAGGCAGCCGUGCAUAUGUCCGAGUUCACUGUCAACGCGGACGGAGGGGGCGACAAAGUUGACCUGUCAGACCUCAUAGGGAACAUAGACAAAACCGAAGCAGUUCCAAACAAGACCAAGAACCAGCUGAAGACCUUACAGCAAAAUGAGAAAACCAUAGAAACUCCCCUGAGCAAGCAGGAGAGUGAGAGGAUCCAGAGAAAUGUUGCUUUUCGUAAAGCAGCCACAGAAGUCACCCAGUGGAAAGGGAUAAUCCAACAGAACCAGAGAGCGGAGCAACUCAUAUUCCCGCUCAACCAGGAGCCCUCUGGCCCCAGAGCGAUGGAGACGGUGGUAACGUGCUGGAAGGCUCAAACCCCGCUGGAGCAGGAAAUAUUUUCCCUCCUCUCUGCCAACAAGCAGCCCGUCCAUAACCCCAUCCUGACCCCUGUUGAGGAAGCUACACUGAAGGCCAUGAGCUUUGAGGAGGCCAAGGUCCGCCGUGCUGAGCUGCAGAAGGCCAGAGCUCUGCAAUCCUACUAUGAGGCCAAGUCCCGCAGAGAGAGGAAGAUCAAGAGUAAAAAGUACCACAAAGUGCUCAAUAAGGCCAAGCGCAAAGACUUCCUAAAGCAGUUUGAGAAGAUGGUGAAGACUGACCCGGCUGCUGCCUUAGAGGAGCUGAAUAAGAUGGAGCUGGCUCGGAUGAAGGAGAGGAUGUCACUGAAACACCAGAACAGUGGCAAGUGGGCCAAAUCCAAGGCCAUCAUGGCCAAAUAUGAUGAGGGUGCUCGCAAAGCAAUGCAACAGCAGCUGGAGGUGAACAAAGACCUGACCCAGAAGCUGGUGACUUCUCUGAAUAACGACCAGGAGGAAGAGGAGGAGGAGGAAGAAGGAGGUAAUCCAGAAGUGAUACCUGAAUUUGUGAACGAUGCAGAGCAAAGUGUUGAUUCUUCAAAUCCCUGGAUGAGAGGAAAGCUUUUUGAGCCUCCCACAGAGAGAGAGGUGAGAGACACAGUGGAUUUUACAGAAGAGGGGCCUACAGCUGUAAAUACAGCUGUAGAAGAUGACGAUGAGGAGGGAACGGAGGAGGAAAGGCUGCUCAGAGAGUUUGACCACAGGAGGAGACUGCGUCAGGCAGAGGAGGCUGACAUAGUAGCUGUAAUAACUGUGGAGCAUGAGGAGGAGAAUAAAGCUGCAGGAGCCUGUGUUUCAGUGCUGGAGGAGGAUGAGGAGGAGAAUAAAGCUUCAGCAGCCUGUGUUUCAGUCCUGGAGGAGGAGGAGGAGGAGGAACAGGAACUAUCCAAGUUGAAUAGUGUUUUCCAGGGAAUAGCAAACACCCAUCUGGAUGCUGAAGUAGAAAUGGCUGAGGCAACAGCUGACACCAACCACGUGGACACCCAUCUUGAAGAAGGGCUGAUGAGAAUCAGAACUCUAGAGGAUGUGGCGCUCCUCAGUCAGAUGGAGUCAGUGGCAGAUCAAACACCUGUUCAGCCUCUGACAUCACCCACCACAGAAAACAUGCUGUCUACAUCUAAGAUGGUGGGAAAAAACAGCAAAAGGAAAAGAGGGAUUGAGCUGAAACAAGUUCUGACCAAAGAGUCAAAAAUCAUUCAAGUGCCACUUGCUCUAACAGUGGAGGACAAGGAGGACUCGGAUGAAAUGCUGGAUCAGAGAGGGCUCAUCAAAGAGGCCUUCGCUGGUGACGAUGUAAUCUCUGACUUUUUAAAGGACAAGAGGAAGCAGGAAGAUGUAGGCAAGCCUAAGGUGGUGGACCUGACCCUGCCGGGAUGGGGAGAGUGGGGGGGUAUGGGCUCCAAGCCAUCCCGCAACAAACGCAGGAAAUUUAGGAUCAGGACUGUGCCGCGUCCUCCCAGGAAAGAUCAGCAUCUACCUAGUGUCAUCAUCUCAGAGAAGAGAAACAGCUCCAUCAGCUUACACCAGGUGAACUCAUUGCCCUCUCCCUUUGUGAACCACACACAGUUCGAGAGCACCAUCCGCUCUCCCAUCGGUCGCAUGUGGAAUACAGAGCAGACUGUCAACAAGAUCACUAAUCCUAAGGUGGUCACUCAGCUGGGGGCCAUAAUAGAGCCAAUGGCUAAAGAGGAGCUUAUGAAGAACAAGAAGCAAGUGUCCACUGGGAACAGCAGUGGUGUGGAACCAAUAAAAACAAAACGAAUGAAACAAACUCAAAAGAAAUGACAAGUAUUUCUGUGUUAUAUUAUAUGAGGGUAUGUAUGUGAUAAUAAUCAGAAUAAAUUUUGCAGCUAAAAUGAUUUUCACAAAUUCUGUAACUUUUGAUCUGGAGCUGUAAAUCUGUGAAAUGGUAAACUCAAGCCUUUAUUUGUUCACCUUGUAAUUUAGUGUCUUAUACAGAAGUGUAUUGUUACCACAUCAGCUAAAUAAAAACAGAUCACAAUCGCAUUAUAACGUGACAGGGUUAUUGUUAAAACAAUAUAUGUUUCAUGUUCUUACACCAAACCUGUGUUAUAAUAACAAUAUACAUAAUUUGUUCCAACAAUAAACUUUCACAUUAUAAAAAAUGUUUUUGCCAGUGUGGCACCAAUACACAAUCUGUAGUCUUACACUGUGAGGUGCACUAAUUUAUUCUACAGUACACACGCCACAUUUAUACCCUGUUAUCUCAUAACUUUAAAAAUGGUUGAGUGCAACUCCCAUGAUUGGUUAGUAACUAAUUCCUCUCACUAUUCGUAAACUGCAAAGGUCAAAUCUUAACAGCUCUUUGUUUGAUAACUAUUAGUCAAAUAAAAAGCAAUUCUUAAAUUCAAGUUAGAAAUGUGUUAAUAUAUUGAAGUUCUCAUUCUUAAACUUGCAUUAGAAUAUGCUGUAGAUUUGUUCAGUGUGCAGGAUUUAGGGGGAUCUUGAUUAAAUUACCUGAAAAUUGUGAA